GCGUUGAAAUGAAAUAGCCGCCAUGGACCAAACAGUCGAUACUAGCAAUGCGAUGUCUGAGCUGGAACAGACAUCGUCCCUGCUCAAUCACAAUGUGAGUUUCAACAGCAGCAUGGAAAUGACACUCGCAAAUACUUCACCGGUCGCCAAAACAAAUGGAAAUUCCAGUUCUUCUUUGCCGAAUCUCAGCUUCAGUCUGAGCGAAACGGAACGCAACAAGCUGAUACUGUGCCAGAUGCUACCAGCGGAUAACAUUACUAACAACAGCCAGGAGGAGGAGAGCGAGCUGGAAGAGAGCGAGCGGGUGAUAAGUAUCGAAGACACACUCGACGAUCAGUCGGCGGGAAAUAGCACAAAGCAACCUGAUCAGUCGCAAUUGACUGAUCAAUCGCAACUGGUGGACCAGUCGCAGCAGGAGCAAGUGGGCAGUGAUACGGUUACACCGGCAAUUGCAUACUUUCAGCAGGCGCUGAUUGAGUUGGGUCGCCGCUGCUGGUCGUCGUCGGCAGAGGCGCAACAUUACACGAAGGGCUGCUACUGGUCGCCAGAUGGCACUUGUCUGUUACUGCCUGUGCAUUUGGAUGGCAUGCAUGUGAUGGAACUGCCCCUGGAUCUGUACAAUGCCGACUGUGUCACAAUGGAGCGUAGUCUGUCCCAGCUGCAGUCGGCCGUUCAUGUGCCGGAGGGCGGCACCGUUUACGAUUGUGUCUGGUAUCCGCUGAUGAACAGCCAACAACCCGACACCUGUCUCUGGCUGGCGACGCGUCAACACGAACCCAUCCACAUGUGGGACGCGUUCGAUGGGAAGCUGCGCUGCAGCUACGCCGGCUACGACGCAGUGGACGAGGUGGUGGCCGCUAUAUCGCUGGCCUUCUCGCAGGAUGGCCAAAAGAUCUAUGCGGGCUACAAGCGCUGCAUCAAGAUCUUCGACACGAAUCGACCCGGUCGCAGCUACGAUGAAUAUGCCGUCAAAUUUGCCGUCUCCUGCAUCGCUCAGACGUCAGAGCAUCCGCAGACUGUCACGUGUGGCAACUGGCGUGGCUACAUCCAGCAGUACGAUCUGCGCUGUGCCCCCAAAGUGGGACCACUCUUUACGCUGGGUGGGCACACAGGCGGAAUUACCCAGCUGCGGUAUGUGAAUGAUGCCGGAACAGGAGGAGGAGGAGGCGGCAACUGGCAGCUGUUUAGUGGGGCACGCAAGUGUCCCAAGCUGUUGCAGUGGGACAUGCGUAACUAUAAGCAGCCGCUGCGCGAGUUCCAGCGCUUGGUGAACACCAAUCAACGCAUCCAAUUCGAUUUGAGUCCACAGCAGCACUCUUGGCUUGCAAGUGGCGACACCAUGGGUGUGCUCAAUCUGUGGCAUCUGGAGAAAGAGGCCAAUACUAAGGCGUUGCAGUUGCCGUUGCACGGUGACUGCUGCAACGGCAUCAGUUUCCAUCCCACCCUGCCCAUCUUGGCCAGCAGUUCGGGGCAAUAUCAUUUCAUACAAGGCGAGAAUUCCACGGAUGUGAAUGGCACAACGAUACUCGAUUCUACCGAGGAUCAGCAGCAGAUGGAGCUGGAGCAGCCGUCUGUCGUUGAUUACGAGAAUGCAGUUCUAUUGCUGUGGUGCGGCGACGGCAAAGAUAGUUUACAUUGUUAACGUUUUUAUUCCAUCUUGUUGAAAUAAAAAACAAUUUUAGAAUGUAAAUCUUA